AUGAAAAUUCUCCAUUCCCUUAUUAUUCUAGCCUCCAUUUUUUCGCUGGUCCAAGCCAGCAUUUUCGACGCGCUCAACGAGUUUUAUGACGGCUGGGGGGAGGAGCAAUGUGUGCAAAUCAACAAUCGUCGUAGCCCCCAAGCCACGCCCCUUACAGCUCUGGAAAUUCCAUUCGGUGGAUUUUUCGACGGAUUUCUGGACUGUGAGCAUCGAGCCAGCAAUACAGAGAACUUCGGAAUCGAUGGAUCGCCAAAUUUGAUUUAUCGAAUUUUUGGUUAUUAUGGGAUUUUGAAGAGGAAAAUUGUUUAUUUGGGACAGAAAUAA